AUGAAAUCUGCUGGACCAUUAAACGACAGGGACGAGAUAAUCCGUUACCUCCGUGGGCUGAAGGAAGCAGAACACCGACUGUCAACCAUCCAGUCGACUUUAUGCCACCCACUUCGCUACCAUCACAAGGGCGAGAAUUACAAGCCUACGACCUGGAAUGUUGGCGGAGGUUCUAGCUGGCUCCACAAGUUGGUGUUUUGCUACAACAAAUCUGUUAUGAUAUACGUUCUGGACCGAAAGCAGGAGGCCAAGUGUGUGAGAAAUGGUAUCCUAAGGUACUUGGACAUCUGGCUCUACCGACAGUCAUUUGAGCCCUACCAGUCUCAAAUCGAAUUCGGAUGCCAUAUCGCAGCAACGUCGAACGUUUGGUGGAAGGAAGGUCGCUCAAAGCCAACAAUGGAGGAACCUGAACUGCUUCAAUCUCUACCUAGUGUAUACUUGGGAAAGGGACACGGCCCCCUCUCGACGAAAGAGGAGAUUCUCGCCGCUUUCAAUCAGUCGUGCAUCCUCCAACCUACUUUCCAGUCUCUAUUUAUUGUCAUGGAUGGACCAUGUGGUAGACCCGAAGGGCCGUUCAGACCCGGUGAUAUUGGCGACUUACCAGUCCAUCUGGUUAACACGGAUUGCCAUCACCCCGAACAUAAGGACGCUUACUGCCAAAUUAGGACGACCUUCAAUGUGGCUAUUAAAUUCGUUAGGGAACGAUCAACCAUGGACAGCAAAUUGCCCAACGCCUCCCUCCUGGACGGCUCAGUGGAUAUCGAGGAAGAAGCCCGAAAGAUAGGUUGGGAUGAAGCCAAGCAUGGGAAACUCCCCCUGGAUCGCCCUUCUUCGACAUGGGUGAACAGGAAUAAGUAUACGGAGUGGACGGGGCGUGGUGCAGUGAGACACGCUGGCGCCGUCUGCCUGGCUCUCCGCUUCUUGAAGUCGACAAGGCGCGAAGUUCCACUGGAGGAUCACUGGUGGUGGUGGGAACGCCCUUUGCCCACCCGAAGACCUGAGACUAGGAUCUCUCCACAAUCUCAUUUGUGA